AUGGGAACUCCAAUUGCGCCAGUGAAAGUCAAUAUGGGCGACAAAAUCAAGGAUCAGUUCGUGGUGAAGAAGAAGCUAGGCGAGGGGGCGUGCGGGCAGGUUUUCCUCGUUGAAUUGCUGCAAGGCAAGGGGAGAGCGGCAAUGAAAGUGGAGCCGUUGAUGAAAAAUAAGGAGGAUGAGAUUCUGAAAAUGGAGGUUUAUGUGUUGAAGAAGUUGCAAAAUUCCCGCCACGUUUGCCGUCUUCUGGGGUCCGGAAAAACGGACACGUACACCUACCUAGUCAUGAGUCUUCUCGGCAAAGAAAUUGGAGACGUCCGGCGUCGAAUGCCCCAGCGAAAAAUCUCCGCCCCCUCGACAGUCCGUAUUUUUAUUCAACUUGUCAAAGCCCUGCAAGAUAUGCACGAAGCCGGAUUUGUGCAUCGUGACGUCAAACCCAGCAAUAUGGCGUUGGGAGUCAAAAAUGAGCAAGUCGUGUACAUUUUCGACUUUGGCCUGUCCCGUCAGAUAAUGCUUUCCGAUGCCAGUGGGAAGUUGAAGCUCCGCGAGCCACGGAACAAAUCAAUGUUCCGUGGGACAGUCCGUUACUGCAGUUUGAACGUUCAUCAGCAUAAGGAACAGGGCAGACACGACGACUUGUACGGUGCACUGUACGCUAUGAUCGAGACGGUCACUUCGACACUUCCAUGGAAGGGAAAACCGAAAAAAGAGACUGCGGGGCUGAAGGAGAAGACAACUGAUGCUCAGUUGUGCAAGAAUUGCCCCAAAUCGUUUGUGGAGAUUGCUGGGACACUUCGAAAAAUGACCUAUAAGGACACACCACCGUAUACCACUUUUAUGGAAAAAUUGAAGGCAGAUUUGCCGAAGGGAGUGAAGAUGACGGAUCCAUUCGAGUGGAAUCUGAAUCGUGGCACCUUGGAGGACAACAACAAUGGAAACAAGUCGGAUCGUGAGGAUGCGGAACGUGGCGGUGGAGCUGACACAGUCAACGAAGUCGACGAAUCGGUGAUCACUGAAGAUCGUGGAGACACGACGUCUUCUUCGAAGAAUGCCGAAGAUUAUGCUCCAGAAGACACGCUGGAUAAUAUUUAG